AUGAAAGCUUUUGAUUGUCUUACUACAGAAGAAAGUGACAUGGAUAAGCCUAUCACCAGCAUUCCCAGCAUGGAAAGCCUCUUGCGGCGUCGAGAUCUUCCUGGUAAUUGUAGACUAGAAGUUGAAAAUCCAUUGAUGGAAUUUAUCAUCAGUGAAGCCUCAGCUAUGAAAAGAGCCUCUACUCUUAUACUCAACACCUUUGAAGAACUCGAAGCACCCAUUAUCGCUCACCUCGGCUCUUUCUUCGACAAGGUUUACACAAUUGGUCCUCUGCAUGCUCUCUUGAAGACUCGCAACAAAGACUCUUCACAAUCCGUUUCAUCCUAUGGUAGUUUGAGAAAAGAAGACUCAAGUUGUAUGGAGUGGCUUAACUCUCAACCUCUUAAAUCAGUCAUAUAUGUUAGCUUUGGAAGUGUGAUCGAGUUGUCACGUGACCAAUUGAUAGAGUUUUGGCAUGGUUUGGUCAAUAGUAGGAAACCAUUUUUGUGGGUGGUAACACCAGACUUAGUUGAGGGGAAUGGAGAAUUAGGUCAAAUUUCGGAGGAGCUUGAACAAGGGACCAAGGAAAAAGGGUAUAUGGUGAGUUGGGCCCCACAAGAAGAAGUCUUGGCCCAUCCAUCUGUUGGUGGGUUUUUGACCCAUAGUGGAUGGAACUCAACUUUGGAGAGUAUUUUCGAGGGAGUUCCUAUGAUUUGUUGGCCUCAAGUUGCUGACCAACAAGUCAACGGUAGGUGUGUGAGCAAGUUGUGGAGGGUGGGGUUUGACAUGAAAGAUACUUGUGAUAGGUUUAUAAUCGAGAAGAUGGUGAGAGAUCUUAUGGAAGACAAAAGGGAGGAAAUCAUAAGAUCGACGAAUGAAACUGCAAGAAUGGCUCGCGGUAGUGUCAAAGAAAAUGGGUCCUCUCAUUGCAACCUAGAAAGGUUGAUUGAAGACUUACGCUUAAUGAGCUUAACCAACUAA